CCUCGAGUGUGUCAUAAAGCUGGUGUCGUUGCGAAACGGUCGCAGUCUCCGCUCGUUCGCGAUCUCUCGAUUGGCCAACGUUGUUCCUAGGCUGCUCUAGCAUCUGGAGCUCGUCGUUAACGGUUCGCGAGUGCUCGUACAUCGGUGAACUAUUUUCUGGAAGGCUUCGUCGAUUGUGAACCAGCUCUGUUCGUCGGUCCGAUCUGCCGGGAUCUAGGAGUCGAUUGAUUAGCGGUCGAUAGUCGGGACAACUUCGACGCUUCGAGAAAACGCGAUUCGUUGCUGAGAUUGGAUUGAAAUUGCUGUUGAAGUUGCAAUCUCGGGUCAGCAGGGCUAUCACCGGUCACUUUGCGGUUCUUUUUUAUUGUGCAGCUUCGGCAACGCAAAAGUCGAAGGUCUGUGUUCAGUGCUGGUCGAAACGUUUCCUCGUGAUCCUCGGGAUAUCGUCGAUGGCUCCGUCCACGUUUAGAAGGAAUCGCCAAUAGCCACCGUCCCCCGAUCGAUCACCCACGGUCAAGUUCAGAGUUACCAGGAGAACGAGUUUCUCGUCGCCCAAGGCAGUCGAACCUCCCGCAACGGUCAGGAUGUCGAACGUGUCCGGAACAAUGGAGCCCGAGGCCGUCGUCGGGAAGCAGGCACUCGUGCGCCGGAUGUUCAACAUGGUGAAAGACGACAACUACAGCGGGCCGCCCGCGCCGUUGCUGUCCAGACACGCGUCGAUGCAGAAGAUCCGGCAUUGCUGCCAGAAUUUGAACCUGUUGCCGUAUCUGUUGUACUCGUUCGACAACUCGAAGUCGCACCCGAUCGCCCGCAAAGUGCACCUCUGCUUCGACCAGCUGCUGCAGGUGGUGACGGCCAGGCUGCUCUGCCUGUACGAGCAGUUCCGGCAAACCUUGCUCCAAGAGAUCCAGACCUCGAAGGAGCUCAGGACAAGCCAGGAGCCGGAGGGACCGAGGUCGGAGCUCGACGCUUGCAGGCUCGCGGUGAAAUUCGACAGCAUACCACGACGAAAGCGCAAGCAGACGCCGCUCUACCUGACCCUGGCGGUCUACCUGGCCCCGUUGCUGCUUUUCUUGCAGUUGGUGGGCCUGCUGGGCCUCAUGGAGAUCGCGAAAUGCACGCCGGGCUUCAUGUUCCUGACCUCCGCGCUCCUCUUUCUCGGCUGCAUCUCCCUCAAGGUCUUCUUCCACGAGACCGUGCCACGGCCGGCCAGACGCCAGAAGAACAAAGUGCUAUGAUCGUGUUAGCUCGCGUACAUUCCAUGCUCAUGUCCACGUCCAUGCCCAUAUGCCCAUUCUCAUCUCCCACAACGAUCCAUUCGGCUCUCCACCGGGCGGACCAGGCUGCUGUUCUUUCCGGCUUCGUUCACCGCUUCGACGCUCUCGAACGAUCAUUUUAUCGGUGUUACCAGCUUCGUAGUCAGCGUAUGCCGGGCCCGCCUGGUCCCCGUUCGUUCCUCUUUCCGAUUUUCCUUCGUUGUUCUCUUGUGCGAACCGUGCGGCGUCGCGGGUACGCUAACGAUGGGGGUUAGAGCUUCUGACCCCAACGCGACCGUACCCCUUAGAGGAUCGGUGAGCGAUUGCGAGCGGACGCGCUGUUCGCAGCGGGGAAGGUGGUAGUCGGCUCUCACGAAUCGAUUACAUUUCCGGCAAUUAUUUUUAGAUGUAUAUCGCAAGUGAUCCAAUUUAUUGUUCGCCGUGAUUAGUGCGCGUUUAUCGCCGAGCGUGCGCACAAAUCUUUCUUAGCCAGAUUCAGCUGUUCGUUUUCGAUAGAAUGGUCUCGCCGUGGAAAUAUUCCCUGAUCCGGAAUUGGCAUGAAUACGUACGAAAUGGCUGAAUUUGACUGAAACUUUUCUGAAUGGAUUAACAACAGCGGAGAAUGCAUUGUUUUACUUGCACCGCGCCUCGAACGAACAACCCACUGUACAGGUCGCUGAACAUAUUUUUCCUCGUACUCGAUAAUAAUCUUAAGUAUGAUAUACCGAUUCAUUUCUGAUGAAGCUUGCUGGCGAACGUGUCGGCGUACCUUGACUCUGACCUUAACGUUUUGACUGACAGAAUUUGAAAAAUGAACGAAAGAGCGUAGGACGAAACGCUGACUGCAGUUUUCGCACCGAUGAAACCCGAACUCGAGAAGAAUUCAAGCAUUUUUUUAGCGGCGCAGUAUCGGGGAGAAAUUCGCGUGUACAUGUAUCAUAUUUAUAUUCACAAUAUAUAAUUUAUGAUGCACAAGAUUUUUGGACAGGAGAACAAGGUACACCGAAUCGUUCGUCGCGACACGUGCGAUUGAAAAUCGACCGGCUACCAACUUCUCGGAGCUGUUGGCAGUUCGCCGGAUUUCCUUGCGUUUCGUUUUCCGUUCUCGUCGGGUCUCCUCCGCUGUAAUUCCGCGAGAAUUACAAGAGUACAAAGGGUGUCGCGACUUUCGGAAGUUGCCCGAACGAGGGAUCGCUAUCUCGCAUCGUAUCCUCUGCAGCAGAAGACUGAGAAUUCGUUUUAAACUUGUUUUUCUUUAUGUUUUUUUUUUGUACAUAAUGAUAGGGAACGAGUGAAAGAUCGAAACCCGCGCGUAUAUGGACGAAAGACGCGUCUACGUAAAAUAUUGUAAUAUUCGUGUUAGGUAUACGAGACACGAGGGGAGACGAUCAUUUCUCUCUCUAUGUGCAUCAUCUUCACACGCUCACGCGCAUGUACACCGAGAAACAUGCACUUACGUGCACGCACACGCGUGCAGACACGUAUACAAAGACACAAAACACAGGCACAGAGUCCUCUUCGAGCGCCAUUUGUGAGACAGACUUGGUGCGUCCGUCGGGCGAGUUAGGCUAAUCUGUGAUGUAGUGGAGCCGAGUGUAUUUUCAAUGGCCACUCGGUGCUCCACUUACUUAAGUACGUUAAGGAUACAUGUGUGUAACGUCGCCAACCGUUUCUUUUUUUUUUUAAAUAUACGUUAAUUACAGAACGGA